UGACAUAGUUUAAUUGCAAAAUUGUCGCGAUUGGUAUAAAUAGUAAGUGUUACUAUCGAAAAGCUAUCAGUCGCCAAAUAGUAAUUCAAAUCUGCACAUUGAGUAAAGCUCAACCUAAACCUAAAGAAUGGCUUUCAAAUUCUUCGCCCUUUUUGCACUGGUUGCUGCCGCCAGCGCUGCUGUUCUACCAGUUGCCGUGAAGCACAUCGAAUACCACGAUGCUCCAGCCGAGUACCAGUUCUCCUACUCUGUCCAUGAUGACCAUACCGGUGACAUCAAGAGCCAACAGGAAGAACGUCACGGAGACAAUGUUAAGGGACAGUACACCUUGAUUGAUGCCGAUGGAUACCGUCGAGUUGUUGACUACACCGCUGAUGAACACAAUGGAUUUAACGCCGUGGUGCAGCGUGAACCUCUUGGUCACAAGGUUGUCAAGGCCGUUGUCCCAGUCGCCAAGGUUGUCGCUCCAGUUGCUCACCACUACGUUGCCCCAGUUGCCAAGAUUGCCUAUCCAGUGCACAAGGUCGCCGUCCCAGUCGCCAAGGUGGCUGUCCCGGUGCACAAGGUCGCAUAUGCCAACAAUUUGGCCACCGUCAGCUUCUCUGCCCCAAGCCUGAGCUAUCACUAUUAGGAAAAUGAUUUGUUCAUGUAGUUUAAGAUGUUGAAUAUUAGCGCAAUUGAGAUGAAAA